AUGGGUGAGUUCCUAUUCAACAUCGAUCAUGGAUAUCUAGAAGCUCUUAUUCGUGGAUUCAAAGGUGGAUUACUAUCACAGACAGAUUAUGCUAAUCUGGUUCAGUGUGAAACUCUAGAAGAUUUGAAACUACACAUCCAAUCCACUGAUUACGGGAAUUUUCUCGCGAAUGAGCCAGGAUCAAUCACUGUUCAAGUAAUCGAUGAGCGUUUAAAGGAGAAACUUGUGACUGAGUUCACCCAUCUCAGAAAUAACGCUCUGGAGCCGUUAGCCACAUUUUUGGAUUAUAUUACGUACUCGUACAUGAUUGAUAACAUUAUUCUGCUUAUCACUGGAACUCUGCAUCAACGUCCAAUUUCCGAGCUCAUUAGCAAAUGUCAUCCACUUGGUUCCUUCGAGCAGAUGGAAGCCAUCCACAUUGCGUCCACUCCUGCUGAAUUGUAUAAUGCAGUGCUCGUCGAUACUCCUUUAGCAAACUACUUUGUUGAUUGCAUUAACGAACAGGAUUUGGAUGAGAUGAAUGUGGAACUCAUUAGAAAUACUCUGUACAAAGCAUACAUUGAAGACUUCUAUAAAUUCUGCAAGAAGCUUGGCGGUACCACAGCAGAGGUUAUGUGUGAGAUUCUAGCUUUCGAAGCUGAUCGACGUUCUAUAAUCAUUACGAUCAAUUCGUUUGAUACGGAAUUGAGCAAGGACGAUCGUGAGAAGCUUUAUCCCAGAUGUGGAAAGUUGUACCCUGAAGGAUUAUCUGGUCUAGCCCGAGCCGAUGAUUAUGAGCAGGUGAAACAAGUGUGUGAAUACUACUCCGACUACAAACCUCUGUUCGAAAAUUCUGGUACAUCUGCCGGUGAGAAGACACUGGAGGAUAAGUUCUUCGAACAUGAGGUGAAACUGAAUGUGCAGGCGUACCUCCACCAGUUCCAUUUCGGUGCUUUCUACGCCUUCAUUAAAUUAAAAGAACAAGAGAUGCGUAACAUAAUCUGGAUCGCCGAGUGCAUCUCACAGCGACAUCGCUCCAAGAUCGACAAUUAUAUUCCCAUACUGUAA